UGUCGUUUCCGUUUCAAUGUCGCGCGACCUGCUUGCUCGUCGCCUUUGGCGAUGGGCAGCCCUUUCGUACUCUAUUCUACCUUUUCCAAACCUCGAAAAUCAACAGAGAAGACAUAUUACUACCCAUGUAUCAACAUUAAGAUCAGAGAAAUGUAGACAAGCGGUUGGAGGCACAACAUGCAGGUGAGUUGCUACACGUAUAUAUGGUUUUAAACAUGUCUAAAACAGUUUCUAGGUCUUCACUGGUGUACCAGCUGCUCAAAGCAAGUAAAUCACGAAGACUGCACAGAUCAGCAAGGUCAACUCUUCACGACAUGUAAUGACUGCCGGAACGCGUCACCCUUGAAGACAUGCCUGAGAGCCUCCGCCAAGCGACGAAUCCGAAGGCAUGGAUUUACUGGAUUCAGAUGACUUUGACCAGUAUCUCGGCGAUGGCAGUGACAUGAUGGAAGUCGAUCUACUGGUUAAAGAUGUGGUGGUCAGCCGAGAAAAGAUUUAUUCAGAAAUUUGUGAAGGCUGACAAGGACCUGAAGCUACAGACUUGUGGUGUUUGUCGAGAGAUUUGUUGGAACAUGAAGCUGACUGCUGUCGCCUGCCAGCGGUGUAGCAAGGAUAAAGGAGACAUGAAAAAAUGGAGUACCGAGAAUAAUGUCCAUCCAGCUGAUAUCCCGCAAGCACUGAAGGGCCUUAUCGAGCUCGAGGAGAUGAUGGCAGUCAUGUCUGUUCGCCCUCUGGGUUUCAGUACAAAUACAAAGACCAUGUCUGCAGCUUUGUUCACAAUAUUAUGGCAACACACCUUUCCCGUCUUCCCGAAGAAUGCGAGACCGACAACUUGUCCUUCGACGUCGAAGGACAAUCGCGUCGUGAUGCACAUCCUGGUGAUGGCCAUAGCACUGCAUACUGUAACCGUCAACUGUCUAUAUAGUGACAUUCAAAAAUGAGAAAUGAAAAAGAAUUAGAAUACAUGACGACAACGAUAAAGUCUUGCUUUCUAUCGUUACUGGGAUUCGAAGCGAGCUACCGGGCCGCGUGCGGUGCAUAUUUCUCAAGAAAAGAAGAAAAAAAAAAUGAGGGUGUGAAGGGCAGGAACACAUCCGAGCGCAGCGAGC